AGAGAGGAAGAGCUAAAGCGAGCCUCGCACAAACUUUGCAGCGAGCUGAGCUCAGAGCGUCCCUCCCUUCGCUCGGAGCCGGAGCUCGGCUCGUCCCCUCCCGGUGCUGUGAGGGAGGGAGGGAGGCUCUGCCUGCCUCCAUCCAUCCCACCGAACAGCUCAGCCAGAGCAGCUCCUCGGCCCUUGCCCUGCCCCUGCAGGGACCCAGCCGUGCCCUCCUUCAUCAGCCGUGCCCUCCAUCCAUCAGCAGUUCCACGCUGCUCUGGUGGCAUCCCAGGGUCGGGAGGAAGAGGAGCCUUUCUGCACAGAUCCCACCGAGGAGAUGCUCCGGGGACACCAGGUGUGAAGCAGGGGCUCUGGUGGCUCAUCCCAGCACUGAAAGAAAUCUGACUUUUUGACUGUUCCUAAUGAGAAACUCAGAACUCCAGACUCCUUAAGCCCUGAAUUAGGAGAGAAGAGAUCCCCCCAGACGUUUGGCAAAGCAGAAAGCAACCUUCCCCGGCUCACCCAAGGAUAAACCACCUGCUGUGGGAGAGAGAAGCUGGCAGAAAGCUGAUUGCUCAGUCUGUCUGGAAAAACAACACUUGCAAAGACCAAAGCUGUGCCAACCUUCACAGCUCAGCUUGAGGGAAGGACCAAAGCUUUUCACCAUCCAAAGGAGGUGACCUACCAAAAGGAGACCCAAGGUAUUUUUAGGAUGAAAUAAAAGCCAGAAAGAAGUGUAAAGCACAAGUGUGAUGCUCGUUGUCAUUAUGACAGCAAGGUGCAAAAUGGUCUGCACAAGCCUGUCCCUCGCAGUGUGCUCAGCUGUGUGAGCAGCAGCCUUGACAUCGAGAGGAUGGAGCAGCUCUUGCUGAAGCCGUCGUGCCAUCUGUGCUGAGUUUCCUCUCCUGACCUCCUUUGUGAGUCUGGUGAGGGGAGACAGGAGAUCUGAAGGUAACUACAGAAAAUGGACCAAAGCUGACAGAGAGCAAUGACUGAGAUUUAUUUCAAGUUCCGCGGGAACCUGACUGGCCGCGUCCACCUUCCAACUCUGGCUACUGAAGUAGACACAACAGCAGACAAAUACUCUGGCCUCUAUGUAUAUGUGGGGUUGUUCCUAACCCUCCUGGCUCUCCUCCUGAUCCUGCUCUUCUCCAUGCUCCUGCGCCUGAAGCACGUCGUGUCCCCCAUCACCUCCCCAGAGAGCACUGAGAACGUGCAGCACUUCACAGACGUGGAAAUGCACAGCAGGAUCCCCACCACGUAGGGAGCCCACAGCAGAGAGGGCUCCAUGCUUGGGCAAGGUGUUUUGUUCAGCAAAGGUGGUGGACAGAAGCUCUGGCUGCCUGUUGAGCCCCACAAGCUCUUGCAGAAGCCUCAGCAGCAUCUGGAGAGAGUUGCUGGCUGUUGGCAGCACGGGCAGCAUGUGUGCAGCAGCGUCCAUAAAAUGGACAUCACAGAAACCUGCUGCUGUCAGGGAAGGCUCACAUCCCUCUAAAAGCCUUGCAGAAAAUGGGAAAAGCCGCAUUAAUGACAGGCAAAAACCCAGAGAAACAGCAGAAUGUGUCCUGGAGCCUGUGUUUGCUGACCUCUCUCUCUGAAUCAACAAAGUUGAAGUGGUGUAAGUGGGAAGAGCCCACAGGUCACACACAGAAAUUGUCAGUGGCUUGAAAAUUCUCAGGCAUUUCUCCCAUUCAAAGAGGAAAAAUUAAAAUUUUCUCUUUCACCUGAAUGGCAAUUAAACAAUGGAAUUUCACAAAUAUAGAAAUGUUUCAUCACCUGCUGGAACUACGUCUUUCUGAUAUUAGAACCCAUUCAGUGAAUAGUUGCACACCAGAUAUCAGAAAGAGACAGAACUUUAAAGAGGAAAGAGAAUAAAGCCAAAAUUUAAGCAAGGUUUAAAAUAAAAAGAAGCAGCAGCGGCAGGAAAUGAGAUUAAAAAACUUGUAAGACACUCUACCUCUUCCUUAGUCCUCCUUUAUAUGAACUGUGCUGAAUACAAACAUUUUAUGCUCCCAUGAUUUUAGGCUCCCCAGUAUCACUCAGUAAUUAAAAUGCAGUGCAAGUUUUGGGAGCCCAAUUGACAUUGCUCUCCUAACAGACUCCACUUCAUAAUAACAUCUUCCCUCACAUCCAUGUUGGGUUUUCUUCCUCAAAAGACAGAUGAGUUCUUCCAAAGAUUUUUCAUUUGUUUUCCUCCAAAGAAAGCUGAGGAGAUGCCCAGGCCUGGCACUGCAAUAAGGAAUAGUGGGAACAGCUUUGGACACAGACUAACAGGGAACAUGCAGAUGGAAAAUAAACUCACUGAGCACUGAAAGAUAUGAUUGGAUUCAAAUACCCUGAUGGAAUCUCACAGGGGAAAGAAAUGUUUAUUUGAAUUUAUGGAACAACAAUCUGACCCAGUCCUAUGAGUGACGUACAGAGGUAGCCUUUGCCUCUGUGGAUGGAAAAGAUGGAACCAAAUAUGGCAAAGCACUCCUGGGACAGCCACUGCCUCUCACAGAAAAACCUUCAGUGAAUUGUUUCAGCCACAUCUCUAAAGGGCAGGUAUUUUACACAGCUUAUCCACUUUAUUACAGCCUAACUCUAGCUCAGCAAUAAAAUCCCCUGGAUGUUUUCCACAUGUACAUACACUCUUAUUUGCCAAUUCUCCUCCCUCCAAGGGCUUGGAAAGUGUAAAAUCCUCACACAAACCCAGUGCAAAAUUAGAGAAGGCACUGUCACAUGGACCUGUGACAGUAGCACAAAAUUUUUCUUCAAAUGCUCUGUGUACACCAGGUUUUUUGCUUACCUUUGAAGGUCUGGGUGAGCUGUUUGGACUGGGAAUAUCUGAACUUUUACAGAUGGUUGGCAGAGGGAAGCAGAAUGACAGCUAACAUCCCCCCUGGAUACACUGGAUCCAUGGACAGGACUAGUGCAACUUCUCCCUGAUGUAUUGAGUACAAAACCAUUUAAACACUGCUUUCUUAUACUGAAUAAUUCCUUUUUAUUUCACUAACCCCUGUGAAUCACAGAAUCCCAGAAUGGUUUGGGUUAGAAAGGACCUUAAAGAUCACCUUGUUCCACGCCCUGCCUUGGGCAGGGACACCUUCCACUAUCCCAGGUUGCUCCAAGCUCUAUCCAGCCUGGCUUGGGACAAUGAACCAGAGCAGUGAUUGUGUGGGGGAACACAGCAAAAAAUUCACUCUCAGCAGUGUGUCUCCAUGCCACGCUUGUGUGUUUCCCUGGAAAAAUGGCAGGAUGCAGGUUAUCCUCUAUGGGGACAACCCCAGGCAGGAUCACACUGUAUCUGAAGAUUGGCUCCUCGACUGUCAGUACUGCACAAGAGCCAAAAUUCUGUGUGAUGAUCAGGAUAUUAAUCCAACUAAGGCAGAUGGCUACUGAGUUAGUCAAUGACAUUUAAAAUUAACAAAAAUCCAUGCUGCUCAAAUUGGUUUGGUAUGUGUCAUUCAUUGAGCCAUCGUGAGGCAGCUUAGCCCAGGCUCAACAUCUGACUUACCUUGGGAAAUUUCUCCAUUCCAAAGCUACCACUUCCCUAGACUCUGUUCUAACUUACCCAAUCAGCAACUCAACCACAUUAGCUUCCCAGCACAGCUAUCUGCAGAAAAGCCUUGCAUCCAAGAGUCUGCAGGACAGACUCAGCUUUUAUUGACAGACUUUUAUUGACAUAAAAUAUCAGACCUACUCAUUUAAAAGACAGUAUCCAAUUCUGAGUGCUCUGAUCUCAGCCAAAAUGGCCCUUGAGGCACAGGUCAGGACUGAGCUUCUUUCCAUCACACUAAGGAAUGUUAAUUCACAAGAGUCCCACAACACUUUAAAACUUAUUCAGUAACUAUCCUUUAAAUAAAUGAGUAAUCUCUUUAUACAUCAGAUGGUAUCUUUGGGCAGACUGGGUAUUUUUAUAGAGUACUCUCAUGGAAGGCUGCCCUAUCUUCUCACACGAAAAUGACAAGUUUUCCUUUCCAAAGCUUGAUUUCACAUGAAGUCUCUGUCCCACUUGACACAUCUACAGUGGCACUCAGGGUGCCUCAUUUGUCUGUAAAAUGCCAGUAUAUUUUAAAACUUUUCCCACUAAGAAAUAGAAGAAUGCCUUUCCCCUCUUUUCAUUAUCAUUUGCAGUGUCCCAGACCUGAGGGAUGUGUCUGGGAAGAGAGAAUGUUGGGAUGUGUUGGCCUGUGUUUGGUGAGUGGCCCCCAGUGGACUUUGGCAUUCUUUGGCUUUCAGAAGUGAUUAUUGGAACUUUUGCACAGUUUUGGAGCAUCUUCUGGAACUUCUGCUGCAUCUUGGAGCACUGCAGGUCUCACAGCCAUACCCUUCCCCUCCUGCAGGCUGUUCCCUUCCCACUUGACCAUGUGCUAUAGAAAAUGGGGGUUUUUUACAAAAAUAAAGAGGCACAGUGCUACCAA